ACCUGUCCCGUGCGUCACGGCGCACUUCACCUCCACCGGCCUCCACCUGCCUCCACCGGCCCGCCUCACGCCCCGCCGCGUCCCCGGGCGUGUCUGAGCUCACCGCCGCGGGCCCGCCGCCUCCGGACCGCCGGUCAGACCUGCAGGGACACCUGGCACCGUCUCCGGGCGGGACGCGCGUCUCCGCUCCAACUUUCUCCGCGAGUCCCGUGAAGUUCCCGCGGCGCAGCAUGUACAGCAUGAUGGAGCACGAGCUGAAGCCCACCGGCCAGCCCCCGUCCCACCAGACCGCCCAGGGCAUGUCCCCGGUGGCCGGGAACAUGACCGGGAGCCUGGGCGGCAACGGCGGCUCGCACCCGGGCUCCAAGACGGCGUGCGCGCCCGGCGCGGACCCCAUGGACAAGGUGAAGCGGCCCAUGAACGCCUUCAUGGUCUGGUCCCGGGGCCAGCGGCGCAAGAUGGCCCAGGAGAACCCCAAGAUGCACAACUCCGAGAUCAGCAAGCGGCUGGGCGCGGAGUGGAAGCUGCUGACGGACGCGGAGAAGCGGCCGUUCAUCGACGAGGCCAAGCGGCUGCGCGCCGUGCACAUGAAGGAGUACCCCGACUACAAGUACAAGCCGCGCCGCAAGACCAAGCCCCUCAUCAAGAAGGACCCGCAGGUGGGCAAGUACCCGCUGUCCGCGGGGAACCUGCUGGCGGCCGCGGCGCAGGGCCCGGGCGCGAGCCCGCGCGUGGACAGCUACGGCUGGGGCCCCGCGGGGGGGUACGCCGGCAUGCAGGGCGACGCGCUGGGCUACACGCAGCCGCUGCACCGGUACGACCUGUCCGCGCUGCAGUACCCCCCCGCCAUGACGGCGCAGACCUACAUGAACGGAGCCAACUCGUACAGCCCCAUGUCGUACGGCUCCAGCCCCCAGCAGCCCAGCCCGGUCAUGUCCAUGGUGAAGGCGGAACCCGUGUCCCACUCGCCGCCCACGGCGCCGGCCGGCCACCACCGGGGGGCGCUGCAGGGCGACCUGAGGGACAUGAUCAGCAUGUACAUCCCGGGGCCGGGCGGCGAGGCGCCCGACCCCGCCGCCGCCGCCGCCGCCGCCCAGAGGGGCUACAGCAGCGUCCAGCAGCACUACCUGUCCGGGACCGUCCCCCUCACUCACAUCUAGGCCCCGGACGCCGGUCCAGCUCCGGUCCUGGGGGGCCAGACCCGAGGAGUCCAGUCUGGAGUGUUUAGAGCGGAACUGACAGGAAGUCCGUCCUCUCCUCUGGGUCCUUCGUCUGGAAGUCCAGAAGUGGCGCCGGUUCUCCCUGACCCAGAAGAACCGUUCCUACCUCCCCACACAGAGCCGGGGCCCCAGGACCUCGGGCCCCGGGUCCCCGGGGUUCCAGGAGCUCUCGAGGAUCCGGGGAUUCCGGGGGUCCCGUUGUGUACAUAGUAGAAGACCUUUUGGCCUGAACCAGUUUUAUUCUAGAACGUCUCUGUACAGCAGGAACCGGGUCUGGACCUGAUCCCAGUCUUUAGACACAGAGACAGGAGACCAGUGGACCCGGUCCUGGACCUAGCCUCUGACCCAAUUCUGGACCCAGUCUUGGACCCUGGACCUGGCCUCUGACCCAGUCCUGAACCCUGUCCUUUGCCCAGUUGUGGACCUGGUCUAUUACCCAGUCCUGGACCCAGAGGACCCAGCCUGUGAUUCAGUCCUGGACCCAAUCCUGGACCUGAUCCUUGACCCAGCCCCUGACCCGGUCCUGGACCUGAUCCUGGACCCGAUCCUGGACCUGAUCCUUUACCCAGCCCCUGACCCGGCCCUGGACCCGGAGGACCUGGUCUUGUCUUGUGUCAGUGGGCGGUUCUCAGAGGAACUCUUGGGGCCUUGGCCUCGGUCCGGUUCUCUUCUGCAGCAGAGUCCAUUUGGCCCGUGGACCACCUGUUGGAUCAUUCGGACAAUCAGCACUGCGUCUUCAGGACUGUCCUCAGUUGGACCGGGUCCCUGCUGCCGGUCCAGGUCCUGGUUCCAGGAGUGUCUCCAGAUGUUCUGCUGCUGUUUAUAAGUGAAUUCUUCAUUUGGCUGGAGGGUCUGGUCCCGAUGGUCCCGAUGGUCCCGAUGGUCCCUGUUUGGACUCUGUUUGUGUGUUUGUUGUGUAUUUCGGAGUGUGUGGAGCCGGUUGUGUAUUAGACCUCAGCAGGUUCUCUGCAGAGUCCCAGACCUGAGCCUGGUUCUCUGCGGGUCCUGCAGGUGAUAGACUAGAGCGUUCUGCUAGACCAGGGUCCGUCUGAGGCCGCGUACUAACCCCCGGUCCCUGUCUGAGGACACUGUGCCGGUGUAGCGGUUCUGGACCUGCAGCCUGAACCUGUAAAUACUGUACAGACCAGCUCGGACACUGAGGGUCUGGGUUCUCUUUCCUCUCAGACGCUGGUUCUGGAUUCAGGACCGGAUCACUGAAAGAAUGUCAGAGUGCUUCAGCCCGUUCUCCUCGGUCCUGGACUCUGGGUUCAGUUCCCCCGGAACCCACUUCAUGUUAGGAACCAUGUUUGAACCAGA